AUGCAAACAAUUGAGGAGAAUUUUGAGCUCUCGAACGUACACACCUGCUGUAGUAUUCAUUUAAAUAUGGCGAAUGUAAUAGAAGGCGAAAGUGUGACUGACCGACCGGCCUUACCUAGAGAGAUGGAAGCAUUUUAUUAUACUGGCUUUGGUGGUCCGGAAGUUUGCGAGGUGGGAAAGCUCCCUCUCCCGGGUCCGCCGGGUCCACAUCAGCUUCUGGUCAAAGUUCACUAUGCGUCUUUGAACCCGGCUGACUAUCAACAGCGAAAUGGGGAAACUAAGCAUCUGCUUAAGCAUAAGUUCCCGAAGGUAUUCGGAUUUGAUUUUUCUGGAGAUGUUAUGGAGAUUGGCGACGAAGUUAAAGACUUCAAAAUCGGCGAGGAA